AGCAAAACCGUUCGCAAAGUAAGCCAUGGCUGCGCUCCCGUCCAUCGGCAGCAUGAUGGAUCGCGGGGGCGGCGGCGGUGAGGGGAGCAGUGUGGAGCCGAGUCGGAAGCGGCUGCGGGUGUCUCAUGCGUGCGACGUAUGCAGAGCCCGCAAGAUUCGAUGUGACGGCAACACACCCUGUGCGGCCUGCGCCGCGGCAGACUGCGACUGCACAUAUGGCUCAGAGGCGAACUCGAGAGGGAAGAGCGACCUCAUUUUGGAGGGUGUCCUGAGGCUUGAGAGAAUGUUGCAGGAGAUGAAUCUCGGAUUGUCAUCUUCCCCAAUAUCUCAACAGGCCACAGCCCAACAGCUUCCAUUCUCCAGCCACCGCGCCGGCUCGAUAGGCGGCAGCAGCAGCUUCUCAGGCUCGCCGCUCGCCGAGGUACAUCUCAGCCCCUUUUCGCACCAUGCCGGUCUACACUCCACCUCAUCACAGCAUCAGACUCAGCACCAGCAACAACCGUACCAAUCACCCCCACCUCAUCAACGCCAGCACCAACAACAACCACCACAGCAGCAGCAACAACAACAACAACAGCCCACACCGACCGGCAGCAGCACCGCAGCCGCCGAGCCGCACGGCCUUGGCAACAACGGCAUCAGCAACAGCCUCGAGAACGCCGUGCUGGACUCGAUGCACACGUCCACGACCGAGAGCAUCCUGCAGUGGCCGCACUUUGACGUCUUUCCGAGCCUGAGGCGCGACUACGUCUCCAUAUUCACCCUGGAGCGGGGGAGGAGGCCGCCCAGAGCCAGAGGGGGUUCGUCGCAGCCGCAGCCGCCGCGCGUGACGCCCAAGGAGGUCGGCCGCAUCCUCGACUCGUUCCAGGGCGCCGUCAACCUCUGGUACCCGACCGCGUCGGUCGCGCAGCUGGAGCGGUGCAGGGCCAUCGCCGUUGCGGAGGGAGUAGGGAGUGCAUCGCCGGGGUUGGAGCGUGAGGAGGCCGAGAAUGGGGAUGAAGAUGAAGAUGAUGAUGACGAUGACGACGAAGACGACCAGCACGCCGUCGACAGUUGUCUUGCGUCCCUGGUCAUGGCGCUCGGCUGCGCUAGCCAGGUUGUUGCAGGGCUGGUAGAUGGCCAUGUUCUCUCGGAUGAGGAGAUGCGUUUCCGUCGGGCGCGGAGGAGGUUGGGGGACUUGUAUUUUGAUCAGGUCUUGAGGAGCAUUCACGUAGUGCAUACCGCUGUCGGGUCGGCAGCGACGCAUUGCUUAUUUCUUGUCGGCUUAUACUUUGCAUUCUUGCGCAGGCCGCUGCAAGCCUGGGAAUACAUCAACGCGGCUUCGGCGCGCUGUCUCCUCCUGCUCUCUUACCAGGCAGAAAACGACGAGGACGAUGAGGAUCAGGAGCGAAUACGCCGGAUAUUUUGGUCUUAUUUGCCCGUAACUAGCGACUACCUAGCCGAGCUCUCGGGCCUCCCCCAGUCCGGAAUCGCCCACAUCGAGUCGUCCAUCCCGCUUCCCGGCAAGACGCCCUACAAAACCCACCGCACCCCACUCGCGGCGGAGCAGUCGUCGCUCUACUUCCUCGCCUGCAUCUCGAUGCGCCGGCUCCUCAACCGCGUGCACCAGCUCCUAUACGCCCGGGGCACCGGAGCAUCCCUCGACACCAACCGUUUCCCCUACGUCGUGGCCGAGCUGGACCACCAGCUUGAAGAUUGGCGCGACGUGCUCCCGGCGGCCUUCGCCUUCACCCUGGACGCGCGGCCCUGCAGCACCGAGCACGGCGGCUUCCUCCGCCAGCGCUACCUCACCUGCCGCAGCGUCAUCUACCGGCCCUAUCUGAUGUGGAUGCUCAGCGGCGCGCACGCCGACGACCCGUCGCUGGACGCCGGCGCCACGGCCCGCUGCCUCGACGCUUGUCUCUUGCACAUGCUCAACCUGCGCGGGUUUGGCCACACGGUCCUCGUCGACACGUGGAUCUGCGCCCUGAGCAUGGCCGGCGCCAUGUGUCUGCUGCUGGCGGCGUGCCGCACCCCGGCCCUGCGCGACAUGUUGGCGGCCAGCGACGUCCUAGCGUGCGGUCGUCACCUGGGUCGGCUGUUUGAGUCGUGGACCGCGGCGAUGGGCGGGCCGAGAAGUCCGAGCAUUGAGCAGAGCGUCAGGAUCAUCGCCGAGGCGGACCGCUUUAUAAGAGAGUUUUACAGUGCUGAUUUGAGAGGACCGGAUGGCGGUUGGAGCGCUGACACUGGGCGGAGAGAUGAGCUGGCGCGAGGCUGA